GCGCCAGGCGGGCGGCGGCGGAGGGCCGGCUCGGCUGACCUGGGAUCGACACCGGGCCCGGAGCGGCGGGAGCCGGCAGGCCCUGGGCCCGGGGACGCGGCGUGGUCCYGCGGCAGGAAGCCGGGCCCUCGGGCCGAGGGUGUGAGCCUGGGAGCCGGUGGGCCGCGCUGGGCCUGGGUCCCUGCUCGGGCCGGGGCAGCGGCCGCCCGGCCGCCAUGUGGUGCCUGCACUGCAGCUCGGAGAGGACGCAGUCCCUGCUGGAGCUGGAGCUGGACAGCGGCGUCGAGGGCGAGGCCCCCAGCAGUGAGCCCGGCACGUCCCUGGACAGCCCGUCGGCCUACCACCAGGGCCCACUAGUGCCCGGGGCCAGCCUCAGCCCRGAGCAGUGCGAGCUCACGCCCGGCGCCUAUGGGCUGCACGCGGGGCCGCAGCGCCCACGGAGACCCCGGCUGCAGCACUCCACGUCCAUCCUGCGCAAGCAGGCCGAGGAGGACGCCAUCAAGCGCUCGCGGUCACUCUCSGAGAGCUAUGAGCUGUCCUCAGACCUGCAGGACAAGCAGGUGGAGAUGCUGGAGCGCAAGUAUGGGGGGCGCCUGGUGACCCGCCAUGCGGCGCGCACCAUCCAGACGGCCUUCCGCCAGUACCAGAUGAACAAGAACUUYGAGCGCCUGCGCAGCUCCAUGUCCGAGAGCCGCAUGUCGCGCCGCAUCGUGCUGUCCAACAUGAGGAUGCAGUUCUCCUUCGAGGGUCCCGAGAAGCUGCACAGCUCCUACUUCGAGGGCAAGCAGGUCUCGGUGACCAACGACGGCACCCCGCUGGGGACCCUGGUGCCCGCCGAGUGCGCGGAGCUGGGGGAGCCGCCCGCCGCGCUGCCGCCCGCGGCCCCCGCCGGCGACUUCGCGGAYGCCAUCACGGAGCUGGAGGACGCCUUUUCCCGGCAGGUGAAGUCGCUGGCUGAGUCCAUCGACGACGCCCUCAAUUGUCGCAGCCUGCACGCCGAGGAGGCGCCCGUGGCCGAGGUGGCCCGCGCCCGCGACAGCGAGCCGCCCCCGGCCUUGCACGGCCUGGACCCCCAUAAACUGGACGAGAUGACAGCCUCCUACAGCGACGUCACGCUGUACAUCGACGAGGAGGAGCUGUCGCCGCCCCUGCCGCUGUCGCAGGCCGGGGACCGACCGUCCAGCGCCGAGUCRGACUCGCGGCUCCGGGCGGGUGGCGCGGCCACGGACUAUUGGGCGCUGGCGACGCCCGAGGAGCGCGCGGACGCGGAUGCGGGUGGCACGGCGUCCCUGGAGCGGCCCGAGCCGCGGCUGCGCGCCGGGCGCCUGCCCCUGCUGACCAUCGAGCCGCCCAGCGACAGCUCGGCCGACCUCAGCGACCGCUCGGAGCGAGGCUCGCUGCAGAGGUCGGGCGCCUACGAGCGCGGCCGGGUCGGGCCGCAGGGCAGCCCCAAGCGCAUGGCGCACGGCGUCAAGGGGACCCGCGAUGAGCCAGAGCCCCGGGCCCGGCCGCCGCGGCCCUUGGAGGGCCACCUGGCCAUCAACGGCUCUGCCAACCGGCAGAGCAAGUCGGAGUCGGACUACUCGGACGGCGACAACGACAGCAUCAACAGCACGUCCAACUCCAACGACACCAUCCACUGCAGCUCCGAGUCGUCGUCGCGCGACAGCCUGCGGGAGCAGGCUCUGAGCAAGCCCACCUACCACAAGGAGGCRCGCCACAGCUGGGACUCGCCCGCCUUCAGCCACGACGUGGUGCGCAAGAGGCACUACCGCAUCGGCCUCAACCUCUUCAACAAGAAGCCUGAGAAGGGCGUGCAGUACCUCAUCGAACGCGGCUUCGUCCCCGACACCCCCGUGGGUGUGGCCCACUUCCUGCUGCAGCGCAAGGGUCUCAGCCGCCAGAUGAUCGGGGAGUUCCUGGGCAACCGGCAGAAGCAGUUCAACCGCGACGUGCUCGACUGCGUGGUGGACGAGAUGGACUUCUCUGCCAUGGAGCUGGACGAGGCCCUCAGAAAGUUCCAGGCCCACAUCCGGGUCCAGGGCGAGGCCCAGAAGGUGGAGCGGCUCAUCGAGGCCUUCAGCCAGCGGUACUGCAUCUGCAACCCCGGGGUGGUGCGCCAGUUCCGGAACCCAGACACCAUCUUCAUCCUGGCCUUCGCCAUCAUCCUGCUCAACACGGACAUGUACAGCCCCAACGUCAAGCCCGAGCGCAAGAUGAAGCUGGAGGACUUCGUCAAGAACCUGCGAGGGGUGGACGACGGCGAGGACAUCCCCCGGGAGAUGCUGAUCGGCAUCUACGAGCGCAUCCGGAAGCGGGAGCUCAAGACCAACGAGGACCACGUGUCCCAGGUGCAGAAGGUGGAGAAGCUCAUCGUGGGCAAGAAGCCGAUCGGAUCCCUGCAGCACGGGCUGGGCUGUGUGCUGUCCCUGCCCCACCGGCGGCUGGUGUGCUACUGCAGGCUCUUUGAGGUCCCCGACCCCAGCAAGCCACAGAAGCUGGGCCUGCACCAGAGGGAGAUCUUCCUGUUCAACGACCUGCUGGUGGUCACCAAGAUCUUUCAAAAGAAGAAGAACUCGGUGACGUACAGCUUCCGACAGUCCUUCUCCCUGUGCGGCCUGCAGGUCCUGCUCUUCGAGAACCAGUACUACCCCAAUGGCAUCCGGCUCACGUCGGCCGUCCCCGGGGCGGACAUCAAAGUGCUUAUCAACUUCAACGCGCCCAACCCCCAGGACCGGAAGAAGUUCACCGAUGACCUGCGGGAGUCGGUGGCCGAGGUGCAGGAGAUGGAGAAGCACCGCAUCGAAUCGGAGCUGGAGAAGCAGAAGGGUGUCGUGCGGCCCAGCAUGUCCCAGUGCUCCAGCCUCAAGAAGGAGCCGGGCAACGGGGCGCUAGGCAGGGCCUGCCUGGACGACAGCUACGCGGGCGGGGAGGGCCUCAAGCGCAGCGCCCUCAGCAGCUCCCUGCGCGACCUCUCGGAAGCGGGGAAGCGAGGGCGCCGCAGCAGUGCAGGAUCGCUAGAGAGCAAUCUGGAAGGGUCCGUCAUUAGCAGCCCGCACCUGCGCCGGAGACCGCCCGCCCGCGAGGGCCCGCCGCGCGCGCCCGCGCCCGCCUCGCUGCUGGGCUCGCUGUUCGGCAGCCGCCGCGGGAAGCCCCCGCCCCCCGGCCCCGGCGGCCCGGCCCCGGCGCCCCCCGAGGGCCACCACGCGCAGCACUGCCACCUGCCGCCCAACCCGCCGCCCUACCACCACCACCACCACUUCCACCCGCCCGCGCACCUGCCGCACGCGCACGCCUUCCACCUGGGCGCGCACGCCGGCCACGCCCCCUACGCGGCGCAUGCGCACGGCCACCCGCCGCUGCCCGCCGGCCACGCGCACGCCGGCCACGCCCACCCGGGCCACCACCACGGCCAGCCGCCCGCCCCGCCGCCGCCCGGAGGCGGCAAGGCCAAGGCCAGCGGCAUCAGCACGGUCGUGUAGGCGGCCGGCGGGGACCUCGACGGACCGGCCUCGGCUGCGUCCCCCGCCGCAGCCCAAGGCGGGACCCCGCCCCGGCCCCGCGCCCACGACCGCGGCGUCCCCGCCGGGCGACGAGGACCAGGCAGCGGACCCCGCGGGCGGCCGGAGGACCGUCCCCGGCUCGCCGCGUCGCGCCUGUCGCCGGCCAGGGCGAGACGCUAGGUAGGCCUGAGCGGGCGGCGACAGUCCGCACGUAGACGUCACGUAGUAUCAACCUAUAAAUAGACGCGACACCGCGACACCGCACCCCCGCUGUACAGGUAGCUGCGACACCGCCCCAGCCCCACCCGCCAGGAAGCGCGCCCCGGGCCCGAGCGACAGGUGACAGUGGCCGGCACCCGCUCGGGCACAGCGUCACCCACUGGGCCGGGUGACAGUCCUGGGUGAGCCCCGCCCGCUCCGGGCGACCAUUUUAUGGACGGAGCCUCCGCAGUCCCCUCAGGAGCCGGUGUCCCGGGCCUCCGCCCCUCAGUCCCCCGGACGCUGUCGCCGGCCGCCGGAGCUGGACCUGAGCGCGGCGUCUCCUCCAAGCACAGCCCCCCGCUCCUCCAAGUCCCCACGGGGCGCCCCGAGAACCGCCGCCCGCCCCCUGUCCCGUCCCGGAUGUCACCGGCCGCCCUGGAGGUGCCCCCAGCACCUGCAGCAGGGCGACCUGUGUCCCCGUGUCGUGGCCAUUGUGACUCCAUGUGCUCGUCCCACCCCCCCAUGACACCACUGAGGCCGCCCCGUGACCCCCGCUGCCACCUGGUCCCCAGUCAAGGGGUGUCCCCACCUGGCCCUGCUCUUGUUGCUUCUGUUUGCUGGUGACACCUCGGUCCCUGGCGCCAGGGCUGCGCCUGAGUCACCCACGGCCUCCUUUCCAGUUCGCAUCCCUGAGCCUGGGGACAGCGGGCCACCCAGGGCCAUCGGCUGWUUCCUUUCCUGUGCCCCUGUUGUGUCACCGAGGUCACCCACUGCGCCAUCCCGUGCCCCCUCUGCCAUGUCACUGAGGUCACCCACUGCACCAGCAGGUCUGCAAAAGGAGCUCUGCGUGGUCCCUGUGGCCGAAUCCCGCAGACAGGGCCCCGUGUCACGGCCACUGUUGUGACAGGAAAGUGACAUGGGAUUGCAUGUCCCCGGUGCGUGGCUCUGUGUUGCACAUCUGCAGAACCUGCCCAUGCUUCUGUUGACAAAUGGCCCAAGUGACAACAUUAGAUGUCAGCUUUUCUCCUCCAUCUUUCCCAACCGAGGGUCGAGUCAAAGGGCACCUUUUAGAUUGUUCCAGAAAGAGACAUGGCAGGGCCACGUGGACGCCCAGCCUCGGCCUCUCACAGUGUCCCCUGCGCUGGGUCCGCGCUGUGGCGCCAGGACAGGCCUGGUGACGGCGGCUCCUGAGAAASUGUGGCCUCUGGUCCCAACCCCUGGGGCUCCAGUGUCACCCGUGUCUUCUCAGAUGUUUCUGGAAGGGUGUCACCGGGCUCAGGAUGGGGGUCCCACUUCUCAGACCCGGUUUGGGGAGCAUGAGCCACCAGCAAGCUGCUGUCCCCAUGUCACAUUCACGAGGCUGUGGGUCCCCACCUGUCACCCAGCCAUGGCAUCAUGUCCCCUGGGGUGGGAGCAGGUGGCAGACCUGGGGCAGCCACGUCAUCUCUCUUCACUGUCACAUUGGGGACACACGUGGGACUCGAGUCUCAAGCGAGCGGAGCAUGACCCCCUCGGGGACACAGCUGGCCACGUCACACAAAAAAGACAAUCUGGGACGACGAUGGGAUCAUGGAUUUGUAUAUUUUUUUUAAAGUUUCCACACGAGCUGUACAGCCAUGUAAAAUAAAGCCAUCGAAUA